AUGCAAUCUCAGGCAGGCAGUGGUGUAGAAACAGAAGUCGCUUCACCGCGGCCUGAGAUGCAUGCGACAACGCACCUGAAUAACGUUCCAUGCACUGUGUCAGGCGAUUGGGCAAGUGGGGCACCUUCCACAGGAAGUACACAUCAAGGUCAUGGCAUACACCAAGUCCGAUUUUAUGUAUUUAUUAAAGUCGGUACUUGGCGCAGUCAUGGGUGCAGUUUUUCGUCUAGUGCUGCAGCAUCAACGACUCAGUUUACUCCCGGUUAUGAAGCACCGGACUUCAAACCGGGGCUACAGGAAGAAUUACGGCUACUAAUAAAUCAUCUAUAUAUCGUGCGAGAUGGUGUAGUGCGUUUUGCGAUAGGACUAGGCAAACAUCAGAACUCACCGGCAUCGCAGACGAUGUUAAAAGCGCCAGAAGGACUUCAUGAUCUUCUGCACACACGUGAAGGAAGAAGCGACCAUAACGCAAUUUUUUUUUUAAAUUGCUAA